GUGCAGCACUGAUUCGGGCAUACUUGUCAUCUGUCAAUAUUUCUAGUACCGUAAAAAAAAAUUAUACGCGAAGUUCUUAGAAAGAACUUGCGUCUAAUUUAUCUGAAUGUAUUCUUAUAAUUGUUAAAAUAUUUUUUAUUGAAUACUUAUUUAUUGAUUAUUACUAAAAACUACAAAUAUGCCUCGUGAAUAUGAAGGUGUUAGAUAUAUCUCUGAUAAACAAAUGGUAAUAUUUGAUAUUGGCAGUGCAUAUACAAAAUUUGGUUAUGCGGGAGAAACAGUACCAAGAGGCAUAAUUAAAACAGAAGUCAAAUGUGCAGAAUCAAAGGAAGUGAGAAAAGUCUUUGAUUAUUCAGAUAUAGAAGAUUUAUAUCAGCUUCUUGUUGAAUUUCUCCAUUUACUUUUCUUCAGGCAUGUUGUGGUGAGCCCAAAAGAUGCAAGAGUUCUUAUUGUGGAAUCUUCAUUAACGCCUUCUCAAUUUAGAGAUACUCUCGCAAAAGUAAUGUUUCGACAUUUUGAAAUUGGCUCUUUACUUUUCCUACCAACGCAUUUAGCAACAAUUAGUACACUGGGAACUGAUACAGUCUUAGUAUUAGAUGUAGGUUAUCAAGAGGCAACAUUAAUUCCUAUUUAUGAAGGUGUACCAAUUUUAAAAGCAUGGCAAGCUCUUCCACUUGCUGCUCAAAUUGUACAUCAAAAUAUAAAAACAUAUUUAAAGGAUAGUAUGCCUGAUUAUGAUUUGACUGAGGAAAUAAUUGAAGAUAUAAAAGUGAGAACAUGUUUCGUCACUACAUUGGAAAGAUCUAAACAAUUAGGGGCUGAUGAUGCACCUACCCCUCCACCAGCAGUUAAAUAUCCUAGUAUAAAAUCUAUUACUAUUUUGGGAGAAAUUAGAGAAAAAGCUUAUGAAGUGCUAUGGGAAAGAGAUAAUGAUAAUCUUAGUAUACCAACUAUGAUUUUGGAUGCCAUUGUUAAAUGUCCAAUAGAUAUAAGGCGUGCCCUAGCAGAAAAUAUAUUACUAAUAGGUGGUACAGUAAUGGCCAAAGGCUUUACAAGUCGUUUAAAAGCAGAAUUGUUAUCUUUACUGAAGAGUGAAUUAUAUUCUGAAAAAUUAAAAAUAAAAACAUUUAAAUUUCAUACAGCUCCAAGUAAACCCAACUACACAGCUUGGUUAGGAGGAGCAAUAUAUGGUAUUGCAGAUUUUCCUUCAAGAUGUUUAACAAAAGAAAAUUAUUUGAAAUUAAAUAGAGUCCCAGAUUGGACUAAUUUAAUAGAUAAUCAAAGAGAAAUUAUCUUGUGAAAUUUAAUUUAUAUAACAUAAAAUAUAACUUAUAUACGAACUUAUUAGAACAUUACAUAUUUCUCAUGUAUUGAUGUUUUAACAUUUAGUUUUAAAUAAAUACAUUUCUUAGUACAUCUUUAAAAAA